ACCUCGGUGCACACAAAUCAUUUUCUCCAGCCUUAACACACACUCACUCACACAGAGCCGCGGCAGAGGAGCGAUGAGCGACCCGAGCUGUAGAUCAGCGAGCCCGGCGCUGGACUGACUGGAGGCUCGGGGAGAAGCGUCAGGCUGGAGAGAGGAGCUCGAUCAGAGGCCUGGAUGCUCCUUUAACCUACCGAGACUGAGCUAAACACACACACUGACGCUUUAAUGGCAACAACCACCAUGGCCGCGUCCGAGCUCUACACAAAGUAUGCUCGAGUGUGGAUUCCCGACCCGGAGGAGGUUUGGAGGUCAGCUGAGCUGACGAAGGAUUAUAAACAGGGAGAUGCUCUGCUGCACCUACAGCUGGAGGAUGGCACGGAUCUGGAACACAAGCUGGACCCAAAGACAAAGAACCUUCCUCACCUGAGGAACCCGGAUAUCCUGGUGGGAGAAAAUGACCUGACGGCUCUGAGUUACUUGCAUGAACCGGCCGUGCUGCACAACCUUAAAGUGCGCUUCAUCGACUCCAAGCUCAUCUACACCUACUGCGGUAUUGUGUUGGUGGCCAUUAACCCGUAUGAGACGCUGCCCAUCUAUGGCACGGACAUCAUCAAUGCCUACAGCGGCCAGAACAUGGGGGACAUGGACCCCCAUAUAUUCGCUGUGGCAGAAGAGGCCUACAAACAGAUGGCCAGAGAUGAAAGGAAUCAGUCCAUCAUCGUGAGCGGAGAGUCCGGUGCAGGAAAGACAGUGUCGGCAAAAUAUGCGAUGCGCUACUUUGCUACAGUCAGCGGCUCGGCCAGCGAGGCAAAUGUGGAGGAGAAAGUGCUGGCAUCCAAUCCCAUCAUGGAGGCCAUAGGAAAUGCGAAGACCACCAGGAACGACAACAGCAGUCGCUUCGGGAAGUACAUUGAGAUUGGAUUUGAUAAGAAGUAUCACAUCAUCGGGGCUAACAUGAGGACGUACCUGCUGGAGAAAUCACGUGUUGUGUUUCAGGCGGACGAGGAAAGGAAUUACCAUAUCUUCUACCAGCUCUGUGCCUCCGCCCAUCUCCCGGAGUUUAAAGCCCUGAAGCUUGGCGGAGCUAAUGAUUUCCACUACACCAAGCAGGGCCGGAACCCGGUGAUAGACGGAGUGGACGACGCAAAGGAAAUGUCCACCACCAGGAAUGCCUUUAUUCUGCUGGGGAUUAAUGAAUCAUAUCAGAUGGGGCUGUUCCAGGUGUUGGCGGCCAUCCUUCACCUUGGAAACGUGGAAGUGAAGGACAGAGAUGCAGAUAGUAGCAUCAUACCGCCCAACAACCGCCACUUGACGGUGUUCUGUGAGCUGAUGGGAGUGACCUAUCAGGACAUGUCUCAUUGGCUGUGCCACAGAAAGCUGAAGACCGCGACGGAGACGUACAUCAAGCCCAUCCCCAAACUGCAGGCCAUCAACGCCCGGGACGCUUUAGCCAAACAUAUCUACGCCAAACUCUUCAACUGGAUCGUCGACCACGUUAACAAAGCGCUGCACUCCACCGUCAAACAGCACUCCUUCAUCGGCGUGCUGGACAUAUACGGGUUUGAAACCUUUGAGAUCAACAGUUUUGAGCAGUUUUGUAUCAAUUACGCCAAUGAAAAGUUACAACAGCAGUUUAACAUGCAUGUGUUUAAGUUGGAGCAGGAGGAGUACAUGAAGGAGCAGAUUCCGUGGACUCUGAUUGAUUUCUAUGAUAAUCAGCCCUGCAUUAACCUGAUCGAGGCUAAGAUGGGCAUCCUGGACCUGUUAGAUGAGGAAUGCAAGAUGCCUAAAGGCUCUGAUGAUUCCUGGGCUCAGAAGCUGUAUAACACUCACCUGAAGACGUGCACGCUGUUUGAGAAGCCGCGCAUGUCCAACAAGGCCUUCAUCAUUCAGCACUUUGCAGACAAGGUGGAAUAUCAGUGUGAUGGCUUUUUGGAGAAAAACAAAGACACUGUAAAUGAAGAGCAGAUUCACGUGCUGAAGGCCAGUAAGUUUGACCUGCUGGUGGAGCUCUUCCAGGAUGAGGAGAAGGCCACCAGCCCGACCGGGGCCCCUCCUACCACAGGGGGGCGCACUCGCCUCAGCGUCAAACCGGACAAGGGCAAGCCGGGCAAGUCCAGCAAGGAGCACAAGAAGACUGUGGGUCUGCAGUUCCGGAACUCUCUGCAGCUCCUGAUGGAGACGCUGAACGCCACCACGCCGCACUACGUCCGCUGUAUCAAACCCAAUGACUACAAACAUGCCUUCACCUUUGACCCGAAGAGGGCGGUGCAGCAGCUCAGGGCGUGUGGUGUGCUGGAGACAAUUCGCAUCUCCGCUGCAGGUUUCCCAUCCAGAUGGACCUACCAGGAGUUCUUCAGCCGGUAUCGGGUCCUGAUGAAGCAGAAGGACGUCCUGGCCGAUAAGAAGAUGACCUGUAAGAACGUUUUAGAAAAGCUGGUGCAGGAUCCGGAUAAGUACCAGUUUGGAAAGACGAAGAUAUUUUUCCGGGCGGGGCAGGUGGCGUACCUGGAGAAGCUCCGGGCAGACAAACUGCGGGCCGCCUGCAUUCGUAUCCAGAAGACCAUCCGCUGCUGGCUGGCCCGCAAGAAGUUCCUGCGCAUGAAACGUGCUGCAAUUACCAUCCAGAGACACGUUCGAGGAUACCAGGCCCGAUGCUUGGCCACGUUCCUGCGUCGUACGAGAGCUGCCAUCAUCAUCCAGAAGUACCAGCGCAUGUAUGUGGCCAGAACCAUCUACAGACGCAAGCAGGCAGCCGCUCUGGUCAUGCAGUGCAUCCUGCGGGCUUACAUGGCCAGACAGCUGUACAAAGCGCUGCUGCGGGAGCAUAAGGCGGUCAUUAUUCAGAAGAUGGUUCGGGGCUGGUUGGCGCGGCAGUGGUAUAAGCGCUCUCUGGAUGCGCUGGUGUACCUGCAGUGCUGCGUGCGGCGCAUGAGGGCCAAGCGCGAGCUGAAGAAGCUGAAGAUCGAGGCUCGCUCAGUCGAACACUACAAGAAGCUCAACAUCGGCAUGGAGAACAAAAUCAUGCAGCUGCAGCGCAAAGUCGACGAGCAGAAUAAGGAGAACCGCACUCUGACGGAGCGUCUGAAUGGUUUGGAAGUGGCCCACACUGCGGAGAGCGAGCGUCUGCGCAGGGAGCUGAGCCGGUUACGCUGCGCUGAGGAGGACGCCAAGAACAGUAAUAACAGAGUGAUCACGCUGCAGGAGGAGCUGGAGCGUCUGCGGGCGGAGCUGCAGAGCACACAGAAGGAGAAGAAGGCCAUCGAGGACUGGGCUCAGACCUACCAGGAUGAGAUGGAAAAGAUGAUCUCAGAGCUGAAGGAUCAGAACAGUCUGCUGAAGAACGAGAAGAACGAUUUAAACCGAAUAAUUCAGGAACAGGGCCAGCAAUGGACGGAAAAAAUGCAGAGAGCUCUGAAGGAGGAGACGACUCAGCUGGAGAGCGACCUGAACGAGGAACGCUCGCGCUACCAGAACCUUCUCACAGAGCACCUCCGACUGGAGGAGAAAUACGACGACCUCAAAGAGGAGAUCUCACUCUCUGUGAACGUCCCCAAACCAGGCCACAGGAGAACAGACUCCACCCACAGCAGCAACGAAUCAGAAUACACCUACAACUCCGAGUUUGCAGAGUCAGAGGAGGGGUCAAGAGGAAUGGAGGACGUGACGAAGCCGUCUCUGGACAUGGCUCUGUUCCUGAAGCUGCAGAAGAGAGUGACGGAGCUGGAGCAGGAGAAGCAGGGGCUUCAAAACGAGCUGGAUCGCAAAGACGAGCAGUUUCAGCGGGCUAGAACCAGGGACCAUGAAGAGCAUAAGAAAGCUCGCAGUGCAGAACUGGAAUAUGAAUCUCUCAAGCGCCAGGAGCUUGAGUCGGAGAACAAGAAGCUGAAGCAUAAUCUGAAUGAGAUGCGUCAGUCUCUGAUGGGAAACACCGGCGCCGCCUCUGCUGCCCCUGGAUCACCUGCCUACAAGGUUCUGCUGGACCAGUUAAACUCCUCCAACGAGGAGCUGGAGGUGCGGAAGGAGGAGGUGCUCAUUCUCCGCUCACAACUGGUCAGCCAGAAAGAAGCCAUGCAGCACAAGGAGACCAUGACUGAGCCGCUGCAUCAUGUGGAGGACGUACAUAAGCUCACUGAUGCUAAAGAGAUCUCUCAGGCUUACAUGGGCCUCAAGGACACCAACAGAUCUCCCAGGUUUCUGCGCAGGCCGCUCGAGGUGAACGAGCUGGUGGAUAGGCUGAGAUCCCCUCUCCCUGACAUGAGUAAGCUGAAUGAGGAUGGGGAGCUGUGGCUGGUGUAUGAAGGCUUAAAGGAGACCAACAGGUUGUUGGAGUCUCAGCUGCAGUCUCAGAGGCGCUCUCAUGAGUCAGAGUUGGAGGUAUUGCGUGGAGAGCUGCAGAGCGUGAAGGAGGAGAACAAUCGACAGCAGCAGCUCCUCGCCCAGAACCUGCAGCUCCCUCCGGAGGCUCGUAUAGAGGCCAGUCUGCAGCACGAAAUCACUCGACUGACCAACGAGAACCUGGUGAAUCCCAAUGAGGACCCUAAAGCCUACAGAAUCAGCGUUCUGCGGAGGUUGAUUGACCUCAUGGAGCAGCUGGAGAAGCAGGAUAAGACAGUCCGUAAGCUGAAGAAGCAGCUCAAAGUGUUUGCAAAGAAGAUCAACGACCUGGAAGGUGGACAGAUUGAGAAUGUGUCUCCGGGUCAGAUGGCAGAUGAGCCCAUCCGCCCAGUCAGCAUUCCACGCAGAGAGAAGGACUUCCAGGGAAUGCUGGAGUACAAGAAAGAGGACGAACUCAAGCUGGUUAAGAACCUCAUCCUGGAACUGAAGCCUCGCGGUGUAGCCGUGAAUCUGAUUCCUGGUUUGCCGGCCUACAUCCUCUUCAUGUGUCUGAGACACGCUGACUACAUUAAUGAUGACCAGAAGGUCAGAGCACUCCUCACCUCCACCAUCAACAGCAUCAAGAAGAUCCUCAAGAAAAGAGGAGAUGACUUUGAGACUGUGUCGUUCUGGUUGGCCAACACCUGCCGCUUUCUGCACUGUCUGAAACAGUACAGCGGAGACGAGCAAUUUAUGAAGUACAACACCCCUAAGCAGAACGAGCACUGCCUGAGUAAUUUUGAUCUGGCAGAGUACCGGCAGGUUCUGAGUGAUUUGGCCAUUCAGAUUUAUCAGCAGCUCAUUAAGUGCAUGGAGAACAUCCUGCAGCCCAUGAUCGUCUCCGGUAUGCUGGAGCACGAGACAAUACAGGGUGUGUCUGGCGUGAAGCCGACGGGUCUGCGGAAGCGGACGUCCAGCAUCGCGGAUGAAGGGACCUACACACUGGACUCCAUCAUUAGACAGCUCAACUCCUUCCACUCCAUCAUGUGUCAGCACGGCACCGACCCCGAGCUCAUCAAGCAGGUGGUGAAGCAGCAGUUCUACAUCAUCGGCGCCGUCACUCUCAACAACCUGCUGCUGAGGAAGGACAUGUGCUCGUGGAGCAAGGGCAUGCAGAUCAGGUAUAAUGUGAGUCAGCUGGAGGAGUGGCUGAGGGAUAAGAACCUGGUGGUGUGUGGAGCGAUGGAGACUCUGCAGCCUCUGAUCCAGGCCGCUCAGCUGCUGCAGGUGAAGAAGAAGACUGACGAGGAUGCAGAGGCUAUCUGCUCCAUGUGCAACGCUCUUACUACUUCUCAGAUUGUGAAGGUGCUGAACCUGUACACACCAGUCAAUGCAUUUGAGGAGAGGGUGUCGGUAACAUUCAUACGAACCAUACAGACUCGUCUUCGGGACCGGAAGGAAUCUCCACAGCUUCUGCUGGACACCAAAAUAAUCUACCCCGUCACUUUCCCAUUCAACCCGUCCCCUCUGGCCCUGGAGACCAUCCAGAUUCCCGGCAGCCUCAACCUGGCCUUCCUCACUCGUGUGUAGAACCCCGUCAAUCACGCCGCCUCGGCCAAUCACAUCAGGAAAAAGAAGAAAAUGAAUUAAAAAGAGAAUAUCACACCUUCAAAGAAUGCAGUGGUACAGACUUCAUCAUAUCAUGUUACUGAUCUGUCUAGAACAGAUCACACUCACUUCUCUCUCUCUCUCACACACACACACACACACACACAUAUACACACACACACAGGUACGCACACCCACCCCUCUGAUGUUGUUCGUCAGACACUGGAAUAUUAGAAGGAAGUGCUGCAAUGGCUCGUGAUUCUUCAUCUCACUGAUAGGAAUGUACCAUAUCGGAGGGGGGAAAAGGGCCGGGGGGGUCACGAAGGGUCACAGUCAUUUCUUCCAGUUGGGUUGGUCACGAAUUCGUUUUUCAGAACGUACCAUGUCUCACUGCAAAGCUAUUUAUAUAAGAGUAUGUAUUGUGCUAGAUUUUAUUUAUUGCUUUAACUCAUUCUCGCUUCAGAUCCUUUCCUCAGAAGUCGUACACUGACUCGCGUGGAUGUCCGUUCGCGUAUCCGGGUCGAUCCACUCUGGAAUGGUCAGGAAAGUUUAAAUGAAAAAAAAAAAGUAUGUAAACUCUAGUCCUCUAUUUACAGUACGUCCAUAUCAGAUAAAUAACGUAGAGUAAAUUUUAAAAGAGACGCUACUCAGUCUGCUAAUGAUGUAGGUGUUUUUGUUUUUCGUUUGUAGGCCGUGUGGACAGUGGCUUUUAGUUUUUAACGUAUGUAGGUAGCUGUAGUCUCACGUGACUCUCGCCCGUCAGUGGUGUUGCGCGUAUCCGCACUGUUCCGGAGUCGAGAGCCUCCGCUCCUCAGCACUCGUCACUCAUCCCUCACGUCGCUCCAUCUGAUAAAGCUCAAUACGAACACGGGGAAGUGUUGUGAGAGUGGUUUCCAAACAGAUGACUUCUGUUGAUGAUCUUCCAAAGCUUUACUGAAAUUAGCUCGAAUGAUGACUGAGCUCUGUAGGGUUCUAGAGCCGUGCCUCCCAGUCCAGUCUUCAGGAAUCAACACACACUUUAAAGGAGAACUCCGGUGUGAAAUUGACUGUGGAUGUGGUAAAACUUGAUAAACAGUAAUAACCUUUCUUGAAUAGCCCGCCUCUGCUCUCUCGCAGCUUUCCGAGAGUUUUAAUGGGGCAUAUUCUUGCCCCUGCAGAUAAAUCGAUUUUUACAGCAUUAUCCACCUUUUAAAGUAGCUCCACACCUCAUUGGUAGAAUCCAGAAAGACCUGAAAUUUAAAAUAAAGCAUUAAGAAUUUUAAAAGUGCACAAGAAGUGUAUUAAUAACCACUGUUUACAAACCUGCAGCUUUAGCUACAUCUCCUGGCACUGCUAUCUUAAAGUAAAGCCAUGUCUUCUUCAUGUGUACAGCGUGUACUACCAUCACCAUUACGUGCUCGUGACUCUACUGAUCAUGACUUUACUUUAAAAUUAAUGCCUGGAGAUGUACAUCUUUUUUAAAAAACUUCUUCUGCACUUUUAAAGUUGUUAAUGCCUCGUUUUAAAUGUGAGAGCUCUCCGGAUUCUACCAAUGAAGUGUGGAGCUACUCUGAGGCUGGAUAACGGUGUAAAAAGCAAUUUAUCUGCAUUGGCAAAAAAUGCCCCAUUAAAACAAAUUCUAGCCUCUUUGAAAAAACUGCACAAAAUUGCUGGAUCCCGGAAAUCUAUUCAGGUGGACUAUUCAGCGAAGGUAAGUACUUUUUAUCAUGUUUUACUACACAAGUCCAUUUUACACCAGAGUCCUCCUUUAAAGUAACGGUGCCAGCAUUUGCACAACACCAUAGCAGAACCACUUUUGCUUUCACACUUUGAUAACGAAGUAGGAAGUAGAAAGGUUUUGAGAGAAAAAUACCCACUGUGGGAACUUUCUUUUUGUGCAGAACCCAACUAAUUUCAGAGUAAUUAGGGUUCCGUAUGGUUCUAGAGCAGUGCCUCCCAAUCCAGUCUUCAGGAAUCACCACACACUUAAAGUAAAGGUGCCACUUAUUUGGUAGAAUGUCUUGAGAAAAGAACCUCAGCAUUUUGUAAAAUUUCUAGGAAAGAACCCUUGAAGUGGCAUUUCCUAAAAUAGAACCACCUGCUGUCUAAGAGAUCUUUACACUGUGCCAGAACACAACCAACUAAUGGAUGUUUCUUAAGAGGUUUAAGAAUCCUUUGGAAGUUCAAUGUCUUUGGAAGAUACUUAAAAUUAGCACAGUGUGAAGCUUCUCUAGAACUUUAAAAGACAUACAUUUUGGGGAAGAACCCAAUUAAGGGUCCUUAAUGUGAGCAUCCCAGCUGAAACUUUGAGUGAUCACUGAGCUCCUGAUUUCUUGAGGACUGCCACUCUUAAAAAAAUUACAUAAAAAAAUAUCAUGGGGUGUCAGAGAGAGGUUUCUUCUUGUAAUAUUGUAGAAGAACAAAUUUUGGUUCCUCAAAAGCUUUUAUAAAGAGAGGUAAAAGAAGAAAAAGAGAGGUUUGAAGAUCUCAAUCUCUACACAAUGUUAGGGUUCUUGGAACAACCCUUACUUUGGUUUGGUGUAAAAAUAAAAAAAAAUGUAGACCUUUAAAAAUCGUCCUUUACCCUCAGCUCAAUUUUUUUUAACCUCAAGUUGAUGCUUUUCAUUGGCAUCGAUCAACAAACCAUUUGUUUGUGAGGUUUACCUGGUUCAGUUUUAUUCUUACUCAAAAGCACACAAGUACUUGAUUGUUUGGUCUACAGAAAUAUUAAAUAUUUAUUUUGGAAUGGUUCCCAAUCCAGUCCUGGGCCUUUUCAGCUUCCAGGGCCUUCUUUUUCAACCCACAUCAUAUCUGAAGCAAAAGGUCAGUUAUCUAGUACUACAGAAGUGAAUAGGUUGGGAAACACUGCUUUAGACGAUCUUCAGAACUCUUGCUUUACAAUUUAACUAGUGUAGCUUUUAAAAUUCUCCAUAAACACCAACAAACCCAAACCUUUAGUUAAAACCACAAAUAUAUGUGUGGCUUCUAGAAAUGAAAUGUCUAGAGCAGUGGUCUUUAUACUGGUUCUCAAGUACCCCAAUGAAAUCCACAUUUUGGUUUAAUACUUUGCAUUGUGAUGGUUGGACCUAAUUGAGAACCAUUGAUCUAGUCUCUGAGAAGCAAUGGUGCCACUCAAGUCUCCAGAAUGAUGCUCUUGAACCCUAUAGAACUCUCGAGAACUCUUGAGGUUCUCUUUAAAUUUCACUUUGUCUCGUUUAUUGUAAAGGGAAGUGGCAGAAUCCGAGAGCGUACGUUCCUCAGGCCGGAGUCACAACCCUUGUGAACCCAUGCACCACUGACCUGGUGAACCCCAGGUGUGAGCGGAGGCUCUGUCUCUGUCCGCAGCCUCCAGACAGUUCCUCAGUAUUAGUGAACACAGCAGCACAUUCUGUUAAAUAUGAAAUGGGCAGGGCUGUUUUGUUUACUCUUUUGUUUGUUUGUUUGUUUGUUUGUUUGUUUGUUUGAAUGUGCCGCCAGGCAGCUUUGUAUUCAAUGCUGUCUGCUUGAAACUGACCAGUGACCAAGAACUCCGAUUCUCCUUGCACACAAACACACACACACACACACACACACACAUAUAUAUAUAUAUAUAUAUAUAUAUACACACAUAUAUACACAGUAGUAUGGAAAACUCACCACCUUUAUACAUUUAAUUGAAAAUCAGUAUAAAAAAAGAUGGUUUAAUUUCUAUUGUUUAGUACAUUUAUUGUUUCAAGAACCUCCAGAUAACACAUAAUGUAAAUGUUCCAGGUAGAACCUUUACAUUUGUACAAAAUGAAGGUUCUUUCAACUUAAAAAAAAAAAAAAGGAACCCAAUAAAAGCACCUCAAAAAGUGAAUCCCACCUAAUCCCAACUCAUACCCUGCAUUCACACUGGCAGGCAACCAUUCAUUUCCUAUGUAUGGAAGCGAUUUGUAGCCGUAAUUCAGCAAGAGGCAACACAACAACAAUUAUACGAUUAUUAAUACGAGAUUAUUUGGACCAAUCACAGACGCAGGGGUCCGAUAAUCAUCCAAUAAUCAUCAUAAACCAAUUAUUCUGUUUUAUACAAUGUAUCUUUGCUCAAAUACAGGGAUUAAUACUUUUGGAGAAAGAUGAUGUAGAGUGAAUGAAAGUAGCGGAUGGCUCAAUAGCUAGCUUAGUGGAUUAGCGUCCAUGCUAACCCAUUAUACAUACACACACACACACACAAACAAGACGAACUUGGGUCAUCGCCUGCCAGUGUGAAAAUGCGGGGUAAGAGUGGUCACUGAGAUCUGAAAAGUUCUUAAAAAGAGUGCAUCCUAAUAUAGUGCUUUUCCAUCGACGUGAAACCGGCUCUGUUCUGUUUUGCAAACCUAAUUUAGAAGUGUUUGCAGUGUUUCCACCAACAAAUGUAGGUUCAAGAACCAGGAACUGAAGAGAGCUAGGUUCUUCAGCACGAACUGUGAUCCCUUCUGUUCACCACCGCUGUGGAGCGCCCUCUGUUGAUGACAUAUGAUGUAGCGUUUUGAAGGUUCCACUAAAACUGGUGGAAAUUGACCGCAGUUCUUAUAAGCCUGAAUGGAACUGGUUCAAAAACCAAAGUUCUCUUGGUGGAAAAGAACUUCAUUAAUCUGUCACUCAAAACAUUUUUUUAUUAUUAUUAUUCUUACAAAGAACCUCCAUAUAAAAGGUCUAUUCAAAUGUGAUUGGACAAAAUAUAAAAAAAGAACUAAAUUAUGUCAAAAAAAAUCAAAAAUGCCAUUUUUGUUACAGACACAUAAAUAUAUACACAAACAGACAAACACACACAUUGGGGACCUUACUUGGGGAAACGUUUUUAUUUUUUUUUGUCCGCAUUGCUCGUCUACAGGUCUAUAUCAUCAAAUGCCUUAUUCAUAGUUCAGGACUGCUUUACAGGACUUUUAUUGUGUAACGCCCGCUCCUGCAUACACACACCCCCUCCCACUGUACCAGCAGCUCAGUUCAUCAGCCGUCAUCUCCUCCUGUCUACACAUUUGCUUGUUUGUUUGUUUAUUUUGUCAUAAUUUUGGGACCAUUUGUGCGUGUUUGUUUGUUCUCUCAAAGAUUUUACAGGAUUUUACUGGAAUAAAAAUUAUGUUUAAGAAAAAAAUAACAACAACUGAAUGUUAAAAAGUAUUGCUGUUCAUGAAUAUUUUAUUUUUGAUUGUUUUUUUCGUUCGUUUUGGUUUGUUUACCUGGAUGAAGCCUUACCUUGGAAUGGAAAUCAGUGAGUGAGCGAGUCGGGUGAUGUACGGAUGACUCUGGUGUUUAAUUAAUUAAUUUAUUCUCGGUCCCCUAACGUGGAGCAGUGAUGCAUCGUCGUCGUAAUUCAGUCUGUCUCUUAUGCACUUUUUCUGAGGGGGGAAAAAAAAAAUUAAAUCAAAAAUAAAUACCAUUCACUUGUAUUCACUGUAGAAACCAUUCAGGCUGUUAGCAUUGGCUGUGCUAGGCUAACUAUGGUAAAUGCUAAUGGCUUAAAGAACAAACUCUCCAAUUCUCUCAUCCAUUGUGCUAUUCUCGUAUUAUCCACACGAUCAUAUCAAACUACACUAUGAUGUUGGUGUAAAUCCCCAAAGACCACCCAUAUCACCCCCAGAUUGCACUAAUCCAUCAUUCUAGAUUAGGAAUAAAGGUUGCAGUACGCAGUUUGUAAAUGUACCAGUUUGAUAAAUGAAUAAAUUGGAUCUACAUUCUCAUGGUUCUGAUGGAAGAUCCCACAGUUUGGCUCCAUCAUCCCACAGCUGUAUAAAGUCCACCACUCAUGCCUGUAUAAAAGCGUAGCAUUUGGGAACAUCUAUUAGCCUUGUUAGCUGUGGCAGAACCGCUAAUCUGCUAAUCAUCCCGUACAUAUGAUAGAUAAGUUUUGUUUUGAUCUAAUGUGAUAAUUUUUUUUUAUUUGUUUUGUUUUGGGGGGCCAGACAGCCAUGGCCUCUGUAAUGACCCAUGAGUUGAUUUGGAAAUCUGGAGGGAGGGUGGGAGGGGGGGCAAGAAAAUAAACUGUUCGUAGUCUCUGUAGCUGUAACGAUUACAUGUGUUCACCAUUGAGAUUCCAUGGAGUAAGGUACAAAUGUCAAAACCUGUUUGAGUCAAAUAAAAGAAUUAAGCACUA